GUUGCUUUGUUGUCGUACGUGUGCUAACAGCGGAACUGAACAAUCGAGAGGGAGGCUGUCUGCUAGAAACCAACACAACAAGAUGGAGGUGGAGCAGCUCCUGUCUCUGUCAGGCCCAGCACUGGCCCAGGCUGUCAGCACUCUGCUGGAGACCCCGGGCCUCUACGUCUUCUCUGACAUCCUGGAGCUGCCUAAUGUCAGAGAGAUGGAGAAUGGCCCUCAUGCACCAAUGUACCAGCUCCUCAACCUCUUUGCCUAUGGAACCUACUGCGACUACAAAGAGAGAGCAGCCUCUCUUCCAGAGUUGACCCCCGCUCAGAGAAAUAAACUCCGCCACCUCUCCAUCAUCAGCCUGGCAUCCAACCUCAAGUGCCUGCCGUACUCGCUGCUUCUGCAGCAGCUCGAGCUGAAGAAUGUGAGGGAGCUGGAGGACCUGCUGAUAGAUGCCGUGUACUGCGAUAUCAUCCAGGGCAAACUGGACCAGAGGAACCAGCAGGUGGAGGUAGACUGCAGCGUGGGUCGUGACCUCGGCCCCAACGAGCUGCCAAACAUAGUCAACACGCUGCAGGAGUGGUGCACAGGUUGUGAGGCGGUGCUGUGUGGUAUUGAGGAGCAGGUCUCGAGGGCAAACCAAUACAGAGAGAGCCAGUUAAAAGUUAAAGUCCAAGUGGAAACAGAGGUCUCAAACCUACAGAAAACGUUAAAGGCCAGCGCUGCCUCUCCGUCGUCAGGCCCCGCCCCCGCUGGAGCCGCCUCCAAUCAGGACGCAGAUCAGCCGGCAGAGCCACGAGACCCCGCCUCCUCUCAGGAGCCGCGACAACCGGGCAAAAAAAGUUCAAAGGUGAAAGGGCUGCGUGGCAGUGGGAAGAUCUGGUCCAAGUCCAACUGAGAACAAGAGACAGAGAUGUGGAGACAAGGCACUGAUGGACACUAUCACUGAUUAACAGACACGUGGACAUGUUGACGGACAAACGGAUGUUCAUGGUCUCACACACAAUAUUCACAGUAAAACCAGGAAGCUUCAUGGGAACGUUUCUCGUCACCAAAUCUCACCUUGAUGGAUUCAGAAACACACCGGCUGAUGGAAAAUGACAGGUGUGACAUCAACUCUUCAGUGUAUCCAAACACACACACACACACACGUGUCACUUGUAAUACAGUACAUGAAGACGGAGCAGUCUGCAGCAGGAGUCAGUUGCCUUUGACCAGAAGCAGGAUCAGUGUAUUUGAUGUGUAUGUGUGUAUCUCUAUUGGUUUAAACAAAUGUUCUUCUUUGGGUUUAGAUUGAUUCUAUGUUGCUUUGUAUUUUUUUUUUCUCUCUGCUGAGUUGAGACGUGUAUAAAAUCAGAAUAUAAAUUGUCGGGAAAUAAAACGAAGCCGUGUACUUACA